AUGCCAGAAGGACCAUCUGUGAGGAAGUUCUACCGUUUGGUCGCCCCUUUUGUGGGGCAACAGGUGGUCAAGACAGGGGGUAGCAGUAAGAAGCUAGAUCCUGCUGACCUGCAGGCCCUGUGGCUCCAGGACGUCCAGGUCCAUGGAAAGAAGUUAUUCCUUAGAUUUGAUCCAGAUGAAGAAAUAAGUCCUCCUAGAAGCAAUCCACUAUCAGAAGGACCUAGGAAAAAAGACGAUGUGGACCAAAUACAGACCUCUGGACCUGAUGUACCAAAAAUCUCUGACCAAUGCAUGAAGUCUCCAGAACUUGUUCCCAGUGGAGAACAUAGUUCCAGUUAUUUGGGAGGAGAUAGCACUACAGGAGAUGAUAAACUGUGGCUCCAUUUCAGCUUUGGUUUAUUUGGCAGCGUUUGGGUGAGCGAAUUCUCCAGAGCCAAGAAAGCAAACAAGAGGGGUGACUGGAGGGAUCCUGUCCCAAGAUUGGUCCUACAUUUUGAUGGUGGUGGUUUCCUGGCAUUUUAUAAUUGUCAGAUGUCUUGGAGCUCUUCCCCAGUGGUGAAACCCAUCUCUGACAUCUUGUCUGAAAAAUUUCAUCGAGGACAAGCCUUGGAAGCUUUGGGCCAGGCGAAGCCUGUCUGCUAUACGUUACUGGACCAAAGAUACUUUUCAGGUUUAGGCAAUAUCAUUAAGAAUGAAGCCUUGUACAGAGCAGGGGUCCAUCCCCUUUCUCUUGGUUCCCUCUUAAGUCCUUCGAGUCUUGAGUCCCUAGUGGAUCAUGUGGUGGCGUUCAGUACUGACUGGCUUCAGGGCAAGCUCCAGGGAAAACAGCAACAUACUCAGAUCUAUCAGAAGGAGCAGUGCCCUUUUGGGCACCAAGUCAUGAAGGACACGUUUGGACCUCCACAUGGAUUCCAGAGGCUCACCUGGUGGUGUCCACAGUGUCAGCCCAGACUGCCAGCCGAGAAGCCGAAGCUGCUCCAGCCCUAA